GGAAAGGACGAUGCACGAAUGCAGCUGGAAGGCGCUCUACAGGACGUCAAUGACAAAUACAUGCUGCUGGAGGAGACAGAGAAGCGGGCUGUGUGCCGGGCGCUCAUCGAGGAGCGAGGGAGAUUCUGCUCCUUUGUCUCCAUGCUCAAACCAGUGCUGGACGAGGAGAUCGGCAUGCUGGGAGAGGUCACCCACCUGCAGACUAUCCUGGAGGACCUGACGACCCUGACAAUGGACCCCAGCAAACUGCCCCCGGCCAGCGAGCAGGUGAUUCUGGAUCUGAAAGGUUCUGACUACAAUUACGCCUACCAGACCCCGCCCGCGUCUCCUAGCAACACCAUGUCCCGCAAGGGCAGCAUCAGCAGCACCUACCAGAAUACCUCAAUCCGGCACGUUCCAUCCUUGGACUCCAUCUCCAGCUCCUUGGAGGGAAUCUACCUCCGUCCUCCCUCCACCAGCAUCCCUGACGGGGGCAGCCAGGAACAGCUGUUGAUGAAUAACCUGCAGCAGAAGCUGGGACCGUCCUGCCCUGGCAGCGAGAACGGCACUGCCAUGCCCCCCCCGCAGAACGCAUACACACAAGGCAUAGACCGGCCCCGAGCAAUGACUAACUCCACCUCGAGCAAGCCGCCCACGGCCCGGGAGCAGCUGGCCCUGGCUCUUGGGCAGGGUUUGAACCCGGAUGCGUCGCGAAGCAGCCGGGACUCCCUGCACUGCUCCAGCGGCUACAGCACCCAGACCACAACGCCGUCCUGCUCCGAGGACACCAUCCCCUCCCACGCCGUAAAGAAAGAACCUCUUCUUUAUGUUGCAGAUUACGACUCUAUCUCCCUGCACGGAGGAGAGGAGCUUCGCGACCAGGUGGAUUUCGACAAGUCCUCCACCAUCCCACGCCACAGCGACAUCAGCCUCAACUACCGCAAGAUGUUCCAGAGCAAGCGGCCCGCAUCCACAGUCAGCCUGCUGGCUGACCCAGAGCCCAUCAUCCGCUCGCCGCAUGUGGCCACCAUCCGCCGCAAGCCCUCCAGCAAGCCCAACUUCCGCCGGGGCACCAUCAGCGGGGGUGUGCCCAUCCCCAUCAGCACCCCCCAGGUGCCCAUGAAGGCCCCCCCUCUCACCGCCACCUCCUCCUCCUCCUCCGGGAUGGGCAAGGACACGCUGGGGGCAGGGCGCAGCGGCAGAGAAGAGCUGGAAAACACGCAGUCCGAGCGGGUCCACAUGAAGAAUAGCUUGUGCACCUCCACGCAGAGUCUGAGCUCCAUCUCCUCGCCCUACUACUCCUUCAUACCCAGCCAAGUGCACAGCAGCACAGACCAGCUGUACACCAUGAACAGACAGCAGCAGUUUCAGUACCAUCAGCAGCAACAGCAGCAGCUUCACUAUCAUCAGCAGCAUGCACUGCUCAGCCAGAAGCACCAGCAGCAUGUCCAAGCCCGGUCCCCCUCGGAGGUGCAGCACCCCGUCAUCACCAACUCCCUCUCCCCUGAGCCUCCUCCACCAGCGGCAGAGCAGCCGUCCGGCAGUGACAUGCUGAGCAUGAUCCGGCGUGGAGUGCGGCUACGCAGAACACUGACCAACGACCGGUCAGCCCCGCAGGUCAACCCCCCCCUCAGCCAGGCUAACUAACAUGCUGGGAAAGUGUGGAGAGAGAGAAAAAUAAUGACUGGAAGCUUUGCUUUCUUAGUAUUGUUUUGAAAGUUUAAAGUUAUCUUUUUCUCAUCUCUUGAUGUUUUUCACUCGUUUAGUGUACCACCUUUUAACAGGGCCCUGCGUUUUCCAGUGUUUUUUUCACUGACAACUGCUGGACUGAAAUCGGGUUAGUAAGUAAAUUAAUAAAUUAAUGAAUUAAACAAACAGGAAAAAAUAAAGUAAGGUGUGUGUGUAUGUUGUAUAUAUAUAUAUAUAUAGGUAUAUGCUUUAAAGCUGGAGUUGUUUUUUGUUUUGUGGUUUAAUGAUAUGUUUUGAAAUGGCACAGAUUGAACGUUGCUUGAUUUGAAGUGUACGAUUAUAUGUUUAUAUUGCAAAAAAAAAAAAUCUGCUUUGCUUCCUAGCACAGUGUCUUAUUACCUUAGCAGAUCGUACGCCGUUUGUAUAUAGCAGCUUAUCACUCAGAUGUGCUUCUUUGUGUUUUGUUUGCUCGUGCCUGUUUUUUUUUGUUUUGUUCUUUAUUAAACUAAAUAGCACUGG